AUGGAAGGUAAUAUUCAAUUUUGGAUAAUUAAUGGUGUAACUAUUGCUCUUCUUGUUAGUUCAUUAUUUCUUAUUUUUUCAUAUGUCAUUGUCAUUUUUUUAAUAUUUAUUCUUCCUUUAACAAUCUAUUUUCUCUUCAAUUAUUUUUCUGUACCACAAUGUCGAAGAUCUGUUAAUCAAUUUAAAAAUAUAACAAUUGCACAUCGUGGUGGUCAACCAUUAAUACCAUCGGAUGAUAAUGAUUUUCCUGAAAAUACAAUGGCUGCUUAUCGAUGGGCAUCAAAUAUAAAUGGUAUUGAUUGUAUUGAAUUAGAUGUAUGGUUAAGUCGAGAUCAUAUUCCAAUGGUUAAUCAUGAUGCUUAUUUAGAACAUACAUUUGCUAAUUGUCAACAAUUUAUAUCAUCAUUAACAUGUGCUGAAUUAAAACAAUUAAAAUAUUUAAAAAAAAAUAAAUCUGAUAUAUAUAAUCAAAUAGGUUGUGAAAUAAUAUCAACUUUAGAAGAAGUUAUUAUUUUUUUAGAACCAACAAAACUUAAAUUAAUUAUUGAAAUUAAAGAAUUAAAUAAAAAAGAUGAGAUGGCAAAGAUUAUUAAUAAUCUAUUUGAACGAUAUCCAUUUUUAUAUGAUCGUGCUUUUUGUGCUGCUUUUCAUCCAUAUAAUAUAUAUGCAAUUCGUCGUUUAAAUCCAUCUAUAGCAACAGGAUUUAUAUCUGUACCAGAUAUAACAACACUUAUUAUUCUUAAUGCUCAUCAUACUCCACGACCUUUGCCAAUUUUUUUGAUUCACAAUGUUAUACUUCGAUGGAUAAUUGAUUCAUUUUUUAUGUUGUUGGCUACACCAACUGGUUUGAAAUUUUUAGGAGCUGAUAUAAUUUGUAUUGAACAUCGACAAGUUUCACAAAAUUUAUUAGAUAAAUACGGAAAAGCACAAAUUGUUGUAUGUGCAUGGUGUGUUAAUCAACCAGAACAACGACAAUGGUUAGCAGCUAAUGGAGUUUCAGUUAUUACGGAUACACUUUUUGAUAUUAUUGAUAAAUCAUAUAUGAUUCAAAAUGAAUCAUAG